GUGAGUGAGAGAUUCCGACGCUCAGAGAGAGAGACAGCAUGACUUCCUGUGGGAUUACACCCGGACGCGACAUGAUCCUCAUUAACAUCAUCGGCGUGCUGCUCGUCCUGGAUGUGUGUGUUUGUGACUCGGAGCUGGGCUCCCCCGGCUGGAGGGAACCUCUGGACUGCGUCCGAGCCUCCGAACUGUGCAACCAGAACAGCCAGUGCAGCUCGCGUUACCGGAUCAUGCGCCAGUGCCUGUCAGGAGGGGACAAGGAGCGCAACGCCAUGCUGGCCUCCAAGGAGUGCCAGGGGGCGCUGGAGGUCCUGCAGGACUCGCCGCUGUACGACUGCCGCUGCAAGAGAGGCAUGAAGAAGGAGCUGCAGUGUCUGCAGAACUACUGGAGCAUCCACAUGGGCCUGACUGAGGGGGAGGAGUUUUACGAGACGUCGCCCUAUGAGCCGAUCCACUUCUCUGAGGAGUUCAGACACGCCUCCAUCAUCUCAGAUUCAUCUCUGACGAAGAUGAGCCCCUGCUCCGAGGCGGGGAAACCCUGUAACCCCUGUCUGGAUGCGGCGAAGGCUUGUAACCUCAACGAGACGUGUAAACGUCUCCGAUCGGCCUACAACUCCAUCUGCAGCAAGGCCACGCCCCCGCAGCCCUCCGCGGCCUAUCAGGAGCCGUGCAGCAAGAAGAGGUGUCAGAAGGCCCUGCGGCAGUUUUUUGAGCGGGUGCCAUGGGAGCUGAGCUACCCCCUGCUGUUCUGCUCAUGCCCGGACCAGGCCUGCGCCGAGCGCCGCCGUCGCACCAUCGUCCCGUCCUGCUCCCACCAGGAAAGGCACAAAGCCAGCUGUCUGGAGCUGCGCCGCACCUGCCACUCGGACGCCCUGUGCAGGUCUCGGCUCGCUGAUUUCCACACAAACUGCCAGAUGACGCCUCACACCGUCACCAGCUGCCCCCGUGAUAAUUACCACGGCUGCCUCAUGUCCUACGUCGGCCUCAUCGGCUCGGAUGCAACGCCGAACUACAGCGACAGCAGCCCGUCCAACAUCACCAUCAGCCUGUGGUGCUCCUGCAGGGGCACCGGCCACGAGGAGCACAAGUGUGAAGCUUUCCACCGCGACUUCACGCACAACACCUGCCUCAAAAACGCCAUCCAGUCGUUUGGUUACGGCUCAGAGGGAGGGACUCUCCUCGUAACCGAGCUGCCGUCCACCUUCCUGCCCCCCGCGCAGCCGCCAGUCAUCGCCAAACCCGCCCCCUCUCUGCACGGCAACGCAAUCAAACCCAUGGACAGUGCUUGUGUGUUUUCCACGUGUGCCAACCUGCAGGAUGGAGGCCAGAAGUGUGUUCCCUCUGAUGACUUCGAGUGUGAGGAGGCGCUGCUGGCCCGGGGCUCCAUAGACUCUCAGGACUCCGCCGGGCCCAAAAGCAGCAGCCGGCCGUCAGCUCCGCUCCUCCACCUCCUCCUCUUCCUCCUCCUCCUCUCUGUGACUGUGUGUGUGUCCGCUCUGCCAGCGUUUCUGCUCUGCGUCUCAUAA